GCGGAGGCGGGAAAGGGGGCGGGGUUUAAAUCUUCAGUUGACGUUGUUGUUGUAAGUGGUGGAGAGAGAGAAAUUACUUUGUCGGCGCUGGGUCCGGGUUUUGGGGAUUUUACGCUCAAGUUCCGCCGAUAUGAAGAUGGUAAAAAGUUAGGAGUUGUUGCUCGGGAAUGUUCCCAAGUUGAUACUCGCUUGGAAACUAAACGGGGACGAUGAAAAAAACAUCUGCGAGGCCGCUCAAGGUGUGGCUGCUAGAGUAGCACAACGUAGAGGACUGGAUCCCCCUCACCCCCUUCCCCCUUGCUGUCCCGUCGAGGAGAGCAGAGUUUUUCUUUUUUAUUUAUUUAUUUUUUAAACAUUUUUUCUGCCCGGACACAACCUGCAAACUUGUGAAUUCAUGAUCACAUGACCGUGGAUAUGGACGCAGUCCUGUCCGACUUUGUCCGUUCCACUGGAGCUGAACCAGGAUUGGCCAGAGAUCUGCUAGAGGGCAAGAACUGGGAUUUCACCGCUGCCCUCAGUGACUUUGAGCAGCUACGACAGGUGCAUGCCGGGAACCUGGCGUAUUCGUUCGCAGAAGAUAGGACGUAUCUGCCUCCUGAAAAGGAGAUGGCCAGGGUAGGACGGCCUAUACUCCACCGCCAAGAUGAGGUGGUGCAAGCGGCUACAGAAAAGCGUCUGUCGAGGGGCAUUUCCCACGCCAGCUCAACCAUCGUGUCUCUGGCCCGCUCUCACGUCUCAAGCACCGGGGGCACCAGUAACGAGCCCCUCCUGGACACGCCCCUGUGCACUUUCCAACUACCAGACCUCACCGUGUACCGGGACGACUUCCGGGGCUUCAUCGAGAGGGACCUCAUUGAGCAGUCGAUGAUGGUGGCCUUGGAGCACGCUGGACGUCUGAACUGGUGGACAAAAGUGGUUUCAAACUGUCAGAGUCUGCUUCCUCUGGCGACAAGCGGCGAUGGAAAUUGCCUGUUACACGCAGCCUCGCUCGGUAUGUGGGGUUUUCACGAUCGGGACCUGAUGCUGCGGAAGUCUCUGUAUGCACUGAUGGAUCACGGGUUGGAGAGAGAGGCACUGAAGCGCAGGUGGAGGUGGCAGCAGACCCAGCAGAACAAAGAGUCUGGUCUGGUGUACACGGAGGAGGAGUGGCAGAAAGAGUGGAAUGAACUGUUGAAGCUGGCCUCCAGCGAGCCGAGAAUACACUACAGCACCAACGGCACUAACGGGGCGGAGUCCUCGGAUGAACCGGUUUACGAGAGUUUAGAGGAGUUCCACGUCUUUGUCUUGGCUCACGUCCUCAGAAGACCCAUAGUGGUGGUGGCCGACACCAUGCUGAGGGACUCCGGAGGAGAGGCCUUUGCCCCCAUCCCGUUCGGAGGCAUCUACCUACCACUGGAAGUGCCAGCUGCCAAGUGCCAUCGCUCGCCCCUGGUCCUGGCGUACGACCAGGCUCACUUCUCUGCCCUGGUCUCCAUGGAGCAGAAAGACCGCUCCAAAGAGCAAGUUGUGAUUCCUCUCACUGACUCAGAGCACAAAAUGCUGCCUCUGCACUUUGCCGUGGACCCCGGCAAAGAUUGGGAGUGGGGCAAGGAUGACACAGACAACGUGAUGCUGGCGAGUGUGGCUCUCUCUUUGGAGGCCAAGCUCCAGAUGUUGCACAGCUACAUGACCGUCACCUGGCUGCCCCUGCCCUGUGAGCAAGCCCCCCUGGCACAGCCCGAGUCUCCCACAGCAUCAGCAGGAGAGGAUGCCCGCACGCCUCCUGACUCAGGAGAGUCAGACAAGGAGUCAGUCAGCAGCAGCUCCAAUGGCAAUGGAGACACGACCACUGGAUCAGCGGUUAACGGAGGCGGCUCCUUGGCCAAGAACAGCUCCUCUUCCUCAUCUAGCUCCUCCAGCAGUGGAUCGGCAGGGGCGGGAACAGGAACAGCAGGGAAGGACAAAACCAAGAAGGAGAAGGACAAGGAUAAAGACAAGAAGAGGGCAGACUCUGUGGCCAAUAAGCUCGGCAGUUUUGGCAAGAGCCUGGGCAGCAAGCUGAAGAAAAACGUGGGCGGACUGAUGACAGGAAAGAACGCUGGAGCUGGAGGUGUCAAGCAGGAGGGCGGAGAGAAGAAGAAGGGCUCGUUCAGGGGGAGGAAGGGCAGCAAGGAUGGCUCUCCUUCAGCCCACACCUCGGAGGAUUCUGGGAAAGGCUCUCCCUCCUCGGGCAGCGAGCGUCUCAACGGAACGGGGAGCAGCAUGAGCAGCAGCGGUGGGAGCAGCACUGAGAGCGACACCUACAAGUACAGCGCUGACGUCAAGGUCAGCCUGGGCAUCCUGCGAGCCGCCAUGCAAGGUGAGAGGAAAUUCGUCUUCGCCAGCCUCCUCACUACCAGCAACCGGCAGCCUUUCCAGGAGGAGAUGAUCCAACGCUACCUUACCGAUGCGGAGGAGCGCUUUCGGGCCGAGCAAGACCAACAGCGCCGCGACGCAGAGAGGAAGGGCGUCACCAAUGGCAUCCAGAUACCUAAAAAGGAGACGGUUGUUGGUGCGGAGCUGACCUACAGGCCUUACGAGGCUAAAGAGGAGCUGCCAGAGAACUCGUCAACGUCCUUCAAGCCCACUCCUUUGAGCCCCUCUAUGUACUCUGCUGUUGUGCCCAUCCCCCGGCCCUCCUUCAUAGACCAGCCUCCUGCCCCAGCACCCCUCACCCAGCACCUUCAUAUGCACGGUUACAUGGAUACACGGCGUCAGCUAGCCGGUGGCUCACCGGCAACCUCUUACCCCGGCCUCCCCUCUUACGCCACCCUUCCCCGGCACUGCCCCACGACGCAGGUUCCCUCCCAUCCCCAGUACAAUAACUCACAAGGCCCCUCUUCCCUAAGUCCAUCUCGCCUCGCGCCCUCAUAUCCCCCCGAGUUCGACCCACCAGACUACCCCGGGUCUGAGCCCACCGGCGGGAGCUACACAAACGGCUUCCGGGACAUGCGCUCCAACCUAGACUCUCGGAGCGGGCAACCCCCAGUCAGACACUACUCACUGGGCAGCGCCGGCGGUUUGGCCAACCUGCAGUCCAGCCGCUGUCGGACACCAAGCUGCACCUACUACGGACACCCCGAAACGAGCGACUACUGCUCCUACUGCUACCGGGAAGAGCUGAAAAGGAGGGAGCCAGAACCAGCCAUCCACAGGUUCUGAACGGACCUCGGUGUGGCUUGAAUUUGAUGAGUGGCCUUUUUCAGUUUAAAGAAAAAUAUAAAUAAUAAUAAUAAUAAUGGCUCGGGCGGAUCGGCCUCUGAACGGACAAAAGAAAGGCACAACCAGCUCCCUCUGUUUUAUUUUUUUGUUUUUGUUUUUUAGCUGUGUCACUUCCUGUUGGAACAGACCUCAGAGAGAGCGGCAGCGUCGGCACGACCACCGUAUAAACAGGGCGGUCUCUGACUGCUGGGGGUCACACGUUAGACCGUAGAAUAAACUGACUGCACUUCUGUUACAUUUUGCUGUGGCUCUUAUGCAGGCGUUAUGUAUGAGUGUGUGUGUGUGUGUGUGUGUGUGUGUGUGAGAGAGAGAGUGUGUGUGUGUGUAUGUGUGAGCUGCAGGCUCUCCUCCUGUUAUCAGAGUUUAACGCCUUGCUACUGUCUCCUCCUAGUGGAGAGAAUGUAUAUGGCAGGCACCGUACAUAACACACACACAUAAAUAUAUAUAUACACUAAGCCAGACUCACACUACUUCAUACACAGUGAUGCAAGCACAAACAGAAGAAGAGGCGCGAGUGUGUCCACUCCGUUCAUGGUCGGUGAUAAUGUUUUGGAUUGGUUAAUUAAGGGAUGUUUGAGCGUUUUUUUUUGUUUGUUUGUUUUGAAGUCACAUCCGGUUAAGGUGAUUUCAGUGUUAUACAGAUUUUACACUACUGUUACUAGAUGCUUGCGUCAUAUGUACCUCGGGAAACAGCAGAAUUUAAUCCUUGUCGAAUCGCUUUUUUUUUCUCUCUCUCUCUCUGUCCGUCGGUCACCGUUUGCGUAAAAAGCAAAUAGAAACAACCGUGCAAUGUUCAUGACUAAGCGUUCUGUGGGCUGCUGUGGUGCUAACGUUACAGAAUGCAAACACAUUAAUGUCCAUGCAUCGAAGACAACUGCUCUUGCACUGUUACCGGUAAACAUUAUGUCCAGUUCAUAUAUCUGCAAAUUAAGAUUAUGACGAUGUCAACCUGAAUGCAGUCGGUGACGUUAUCGACCAGGCAAUGUAGAACAAAGAUGACUUAGCACUAUGUACGACACUGUUCCCAGAGCCUGAUCGUUUGUUCAUGUUCUUAGUUUGGUCUUCCUCUUUCUGUAACAGCCGUCGGCGUCGAGGCAUUUGAUCAUUGUGGCCAACCAAGGCAUGCGAUACUACACACUACAGAGUCGAAAUGUCACAUCCAGCGCAACAGAUCUUGGAGACACCCAUCACAUACGUUAAAUUAAGAUAAAACAAAGCUCUGAUUUGCUACACGGUGACAGCAGUCGUGACCGUCGUCUCCAGUGUCACAUGCACUUUUGUUGGGUGUUGACGCCCCAACCGCAUUCGCAUCGUUCUGGCAAAUUCUGGUAACAAGUUAUGAUCCUGAAACUCGCUGUCUUGAAAUGACGAACCCUCCGCGCUCCGAUGGUUGAGAAAUGUGAAACGUUAAACAUGAUCACUCACGGUGUCCUCGGCUGUAAAGGACAUCUUGAACGCUCGUUGGUUCGGUUCGCCCACUGCAAAAUUCUGAAAUUCUACUGAUGGCGGUGUCAUUAUCUCUGGCGUUUUUUUUUUGUCCCGCCAAAAUCCAGUCGCGUUAUGUCUUUUUGCACAAAUUCAAGCACUUUCCUGAUGUCCGUAGGUUACAAAACUUUUUACUGUUUUUUGAAGUGGCCUGACUGUUGUCCUUUGUUCAUCUCUGCAGACACUGCCACCUCUGUUCAUGGGAAAUCAGGGGCACAGGUCAGAAGUGUUUCUCUAAAGGAUUCAGUUACUGUAGAGCUACAGCAUCUUGGUGCCAGCGUCACCAUCUAACUCAGUUUCCUAGUUGCCUUUUUCAGCAUUUGUCCCCGUGGCAUCACAAUCCUGUUUGUACAUCGUGCAAGAUGAACAUCAAGUAUCCACUGCUUGCUUCAUCGCGUGCAGUUUCUAUUACUACUGCCCUGAAAUGUAAAAAAAUGGUUUUUGUUUUGUUUUUUGGCAUAUUUGAUACAGACUGAUGUUCUGUUCGAGUCUUCCUUAUUCUCAUUUCAAAUUAAAGGCUGUUUUAGUUGUACUAAUGUCAGAAUGACUACUUAAAUUUGUUAUUACGUCCCCGGUGAUAAGCCAAUGGGGAGGAAUUUCUUUUGACGUAGCGCGACUCGAGUUGCUCUACCCGUUUUUGAUUUUGAAUCUGUUCUUUGGCAUGAAGUCUAGAAAAGCACAAUUUUAGAAUGCGAUUCACUGCCUUGCCCAGUUGAGGGCGCUCUUGAUUUGUUCUUUUUUUUUUUUAAACUCAGUGUUUUUGGCGCUUACCCUCACGACCUACAUUAAAACUACAAAACAAAAAAAAACAACCAAAAUAUCUGGGAUUCAUUUCCAAUAGUGCUAAUUUAACACUAUGUAACACUAUAUUACAGUAUUUAAUAGUCUAUGUUGCAAAAGCCGGUCAUGGAAGAAGGGAGUCUUUUUUUUUUUUUUUGCUGUGCAUUUAAAGUAACACUAGAGUUUUAAUGAGAAUAAAACACUAUUUCCCGAUGCUAUCUCCCCCAAAAAAUGAGUUGCAUUUGCUGUGUUUAUGUGUGUUGACAUGUGUCCAUACACUUUACAUUUUAAAUCGGAUAAAGAACAUGAAGUGUUCCCUCACUGUGGGAAGGUGAUGCCUGUUUUUAAAGAAAUGUGUAUGUGUGCAUACUCUUAUUUUUUCCCUCGACCCUCCAAAGUAAUAAUUAGCUCACAAAACCAUAUGUUUUUAUUUUUUUUGCAAUGAAACGGAUGCCUCAGAAACAUGUAAGACAUCAGACUUUACAAGGCUACAAAUACUUUUGUAUUUAAAUAAAUGAAAAAAAAAACUGAGAGGUUGUAUAAAUAUGUUCCAAGUUAUUUUUGUAUAAGCCCAAAGUUUUACAGUGUUUUUAAAAAAGGGUAAGAAUGUAUAUUGUUGGAAAACUUCAAACAGGUAUGGAUGAUGAGCUUGUGUUUUAACAGAAAGUGACAUUUUUUGCGCUGUCGAAGGCGACUCCCAGACGGGCCUCCUGACACUCAAGGCUCUCUCAUUGCAAA